CAACGACCGACUCUUCACCAUUUCCCCGCUGCCUUUUGCUGCCGCACCACCCGUCACCAUACUGCCACCCACCACAAGUCUUUCACCAGCGUGCGCCGUGACAGAUACGAAGCACUUACUACCACAAAAAUGUACAGCGGCCGAGAAGAUGCCGACAACCUCGUCUGGGACAAGAACGAGGAGGAUGAAGACCGAGGAUUGAAACGGCUCCGACUCAAAACCUUCUGUCGCAAGGUGGUCGGUCUUGUGGAGGAAAGGCUGGGCCUUCCGGCCACCCUCAUCCCGCCAUUGAUUCCCGGCAGCUACAACGUUCACUAUCGGAUUCGUCAGGAAGGCACAAGUCCCGAUCUCCUUGUCCGGCUGCCACGCCCGGCCGCGUUAGUGUUCCCAGAGCACAAAACACUUCACGAGGCAGCUGCAGCAUCCCUAGUUGCAAGCUGCACGCAGCUACCCAUCCCCCGGCAGCUAUGUUACGCCCAGGAAUCGCCGGUCGGCCCCUUCAUCAUCAUGGAGUGGGUGGAGAACAAAGGCACUAUAUCGCGCAGACUGGCUCGACCGGACGAGGAUCCUUUGGCGGCCCAUGUACUCGACCCAGAUGUAACCAGUGAGACGCUUGCCGCGCUCUGGUUGAAAGUAGCGCACUGCCUGCUGGAAAUCUCCCACAUCGCUCUGCCUAAGAUUGGCUCCCUCCUCGAGACCAGCCACGGCGUAUACGAGGUAGCGGACAGACCCAUCUCGCACAAUAUGAACGACAUGGUUGCUCUCGCAAACAUCCCCCGCUCCAUUCUGCCGCAGGAGGGCGAGACGUACGCGACCGCAGACGAAUGGUACACGGCGCUGGCAGACAUGCACAUUGCACAGCUCGUCUUUCAGCACAACGAUGUUGUCGAGUCUGAAGCCGACUGCCGCAACAAGUACGUUGCCCGCCAGGUCUUCCGGCGUCUAGCCAGAGAAGGGAAGCUGUCCAUCUUUGGCUUUGCCGACGACAAGUGGUCCGCCCAGUCGGCAGCCAGAAGAGCAAAAGCUGCCACAGAGCUCGCCCCUGCACCAUCUGGUGUCGACUCCUUCCGUCUCUGGGGCGACGACUUCCGGGCGGGCAACAUACUUCUCAAUGACUCGGACGAGAUCGCCGCCCUCGUCGACUGGGAAUUCGCGUACUCCGCCCCGACCCAGUUCAUCCUCGAUCCACCGUGGUGGCUGCUACUCCAGACGAUCGAGUGGUGGUCCGAUGGCAUAGACAGCUGGGUUGAGACCUACGAGGAGCGCCUCGGGAUGUGGCUGGCUGCCAUGGAGCAGGCCGAGAGAGAUGCUGAUGACGCCCCGUCUGCGAAGCAGCAGGUUAGCCACUGUCUCGGUGCUGAGCGUCUGCCGGCCCCUUUGUCUAGGUAUAUGCGCGAGAGCUGGGAAACAGGGCGUUUCUUCCUUAACUAUGCUGCGAGGAAGAGCUGGGCUUUUGACGCCUUGUACUGGAGGUACCUGGACGAGCGCUUCUUUGGCAAGCGCGAGGAGGGGACGGCGAAGGACGACCUCUGGAAGACAAGGAUUCAUCUGCUGAGUAGGAAGGAGAGAGAAGCGAUGGAAGGCUUAGUGCAGCAGAAGAUGGCGGACAUGGAGGACAGGCGGAUUGUUGAUUGGGAUCCAGCAGAAGCGAAGCGGCGCUUAGGCACAUUUCUUUUGGUCAAGGACCCAGUAUCGCAUCGCUUGUAGCACGCACCUUCACAUGGUACAGCGUCAAUCUACCGACUGUACCAGUAAGCCAAAUUAUCGUCAAGUCUCCGCUGUGCUCACAUUGGUGGCUCCGUCACGCGUCUUUUAUCGUUUAUGUCUCGGCAGGUCUCUUUCCGCUGAUGACGCCAUAG